AGGGGAAGCAGCAGCGCUCCUCUUCCAAGAGCCAUGGAUCUCAAGGUGGUCUGUGCACUCUCCAUCACCCUCGUCAUAGCCCUCAGCACCCUGGCAGAGGGAAUUGCACCUCCAACAAAAUGCCAGUGUAAAGUGGUUGCCAGGGAGAGGACAAACUGUGGCUACCCGGGGAUCUCAGCAGCAGAAUGCAAGAAAAUCGGGUGCUGCUUCAACGCUUCAGUCCCCAGUGUCCCCUGGUGCUACAGUCCUAAACCAAAGAAAGUGAAGAAAAUGUGUCCCAACAAUCCUUACACCAGGAUAAACUGCGGCCACCCCGGCAUCAAGCCCUGGGAGUGCACAAAGAAGGGCUGCUGCUUCAGGGCACACCCCGCUGGUGUCCCCUGGUGCUUCUACCACCGCGUCAUGGAGGAAGCAUGUUAAAGGAGAAACUUCCAUCGAGAACUUUGCAAUCUUUGGAUCUACUCCAAUGGAACAACAGACGGAGCUCCCAACUCAGACUUUAUAUUUUGCAACAGUCAUGAUUUCUAGACUGUUUUUUAUCUGGGAUUGACUCCUUUCUGAUGAAAAGUUACUGGUAGCUUUUAUUCUCUCCGUAGCCUAGCACUGCACAGGUUUUCACUGUAAUAAAAGAAGUACGCCACAA